AUGCGAAGGGGACGGCCGAGAUCCUGGGAUGAGGAAGAUGGACGGUCGGACGGGGCGGAUUAUAACGAGGGUGGAGGAUUCUACGGGGGUGACGGCGAUGACGGAGGCUCGACGGAGUCCGUCGGUUCAUGGACGAAACGUGCCGGUUGGUGGGCGCCAAGUGAGUAUACUAGCGACGGAGUGGAAGGUGACGCUGUCGACGUGGCCGGCAGUGAGUGGACGGAACCUGACGGAGCUUUGACAGAACGCGGACGUGACAGGUCAGAAGAGGGAGCAGCGGAGGAGAUCAACCAAUGGGAGCAGGCAUCGCUACCAGAGGAGUCUGACGUUGACGGAGGAGGUUCGUGGACGGAGUCGGACUACGACUGGCCGACGAAUUCCGUCAACGAGCUGACGGGCGGAUUCAUCUUCCGUCAGGGCAGUGACGAAUCGGGUGAAGAGGACGAUAUUCUGAGUUCGUGGGCCGAGGAACGCUGGGAUGAAACCGCGGAGGAGCAGCAGCAGCAGCACGAGGAGGAGGAAGAAGAAGAAGCACAAGUGGAGGAGGAAGAGGAGGAGGAGGAGGCAAGAAACGGAAACGUGCGUGGUAAGGAAGAGGCAGCAGCACGAAGGGGCGAGGAGGAAGAGUGGGGAGUGGCGCCUGGAACAAGAGGAGCAGGAGGAGAGUUCCGCAAGGGAAGAGUUACUCAUUCGGAAAGGGCUGAUUCGGCACCGGUUGCGGAAGCAAGUGGGUGGUCUCGCCAGGGGUGGAACCGUCAGGAUGGCGGCAGGAGAAGGGGCGCGGGCCGGCGAAACCGCAAGCGAAACGGCUGGCGAGGAAACAACGGCAGGCGAGCUGGGCGGAGGAGCAACGAGAGAGGUGGUGGGAGUGGGAGAGGCGGCGGCGUGAAGAGCGGGGCGGGCCUGAGAUUGCAGCAGGGGGAGAAGCGAGGGCGCGAGAUGCAGACUUGGAGCAGAGCGAGGCGGCUUGACGUGGAGAGCAAGGGUGCUCUAUCCCAAACCGUGUCGACCGUGCCGGGAGCUACGUACCUGCUGCAGCUUUCCCUGGCGUCUGUGCCUCUCCCGUUCGCCCCGCCCUCGCCCUUUGCCCUGCAAAUCCUGCUGGCGUACGCAGCAGCAUUGUCGUUCCACGUGGCGGCCAUCCAGUUCGUGGCAGCAGGGGAAUCGACGACGGUGGUGCUGCAGGUGAAGGGAGGAGCCAACGCCACAAUGGUCGACGCCUUGUCCCUCAUGCUGCUGCCCGCCGCUGCUGCCACUGGCAGUGCUGGUGCUGGUGGUGGUGCUGGUAAUGGGGGUGGAAACAGCACAGGCACACCGCUGCUACUCCAGUUCCCUCCCUCGCCUUCCUCCUCCUCGGCCUCAGCGUCCCCCUCACCUUUCAUUCUCUCGGGUGAUGCUUCUCUGGUCAACUCUUCCUCCUCCUCCUCCUCUGAUUCCUCCGAAGCAUCUUCUGGGAGUGCUGAUGGUGGGAGUGGUGCUGUUGCAGGCAGACCGUUCGUGGUGCACUCGUGGAUGGGCGCAGCACGCGUGAUGGGAGCUGCAAGCUCCGGGGACAGUUACAACAAAGGGAAGGGCGCGGCAGAGGAGACAGGCUAUGGAGCAGUUGUAGUGGCUUAUGGUGCAGGAGCGAGAGGAGGAGAGGGAUUGGAAGGAGUGGGAGGACGAGUGGGAGGUGAAGGAAGCGGAGGGAUGGCAGGAGGACGAGGUGGAGGAGGAGAGAGAGUGCUUUCACCCUUUGAGAUGGCAGCAGAACGUAUAGGACUCGGAAGGCAAGGGUGGGCGCCGUUGGGGGGUGAGGGGACGGGGUUGGGACACACUGGGAUGGGAGGAGGCAUGGGGGGAGGUAUGGGGGGAGGCACGGGGGGAGGUAUGGGGGGAGGCAUGGGGGGAGGUAUGGGGGGAGGCAUGGUGGGAGGUAUGGGGGGAGGCAUGGUGGGAGGUAUGGGGGGAGGCAUGGUGGGAGGUAUGGCUGUGGCGGGAGGGGAAGGCACAGAAGCAGCAGCAGCAGCGGCGGCAGCGGCGGCGGCUGCAGCGGCAGUGGGAGUGGCGGGAGUGGCCGGUGCAGCAGCAGCAGCAAGAAGACCCCAGCAUACUGACCCAGCCCAUCCUUCAGAAGUCACAGAAAACGCCACAGCAGCAGCAGGAGCAGCAGCAGCAGGAGCAGCAGCAGCAGUACCCAUCCCACUGCCCCUCACCCGAAGCAGCAGCGCCAGCAGCAGCACCACUGGCAGCAGCAGAAGCAGCAGCAGCGGCGGCGGCGGGACGGCCCCUCCUCUCCGCGUGUUCCGUCUGGCAGAGCUCCGACGAGCGACGUCCAGCUUCCACCCGCGCAACCUGCUCGCACUGCAGCUCGAAGCCGCGUGGCGCGACGCCAACAGCAGCAACCGCAACAACAGCAACGGCAACAGUGGCGACGCAGAUCUCGCCAACCCAGCCGCCGCCUCCUUCGCUUCCUUUAGCUUUCGCAGCAUUUCCCGAGGCAGGAGCAGCGCCGGGAGUGGGUCCUUCGGCUCCGGUCGCUCGUCUGGGUCCCUCGGUUCGUUUGGUGCUGCUGCUGGGGCUGCUGGGAGUGGUGGGAGUGGCCGGGAGGUGGGCGGGAGUGGGAGAGUGGGUGGGAGUGAUGCGGGCGAGGGGAGCGGGAGAGCGGGAGCGGCGGGAGUGGCGGGGAUGGGCGCGUAUGGGGAUAUGUACUCUGCGCGCACGGACGGGGGGAGCGCGUGGGCGGUGAAGCGGAUGAGCGAGGAGGCGUGCUCCGCUGAUGCUGGGCCUGCGGCGUUUCAGCACGAGGUGGCGCUGUUUGCAUCGCAGUCGCACCACCAGCGCCUGGCACGCAUACUGGGGCUGUGCCACGAGUGCGGGGAGCGCAUGGUCAUAUACCAGCUGCACUCGCCGCUCUCCUCCCUCUUCUUCCGCCUCCACAAGGCUCCAGUGGACCACUUCCUGUCGGCGCAGCAGCGGGUGAACGUGGCGAUAUCUCUGGCAGAGGGGUUAGCCUUCCUGCACGCACACUCGCCGCCCCUCGUGCACCGCAACGUGAAGCCCACCAACAUACUGCUCUCACCCAACGGCCACCACGCGAAGCUAACGGACUUUUGUUUCGCGCAUCCAGCACCGGGCGAGGACGGAGUGAGGGUGCCGCUGCAAGCGCAGGAGCAGGGCUAUGUCGCGCCGGAGCUGCUGCUGCCGCCCGUUCUCUCCUUCUCCCCGGCCACUGACGUGUACAGCUUCGGAGUGAUUCUCCUGGAGCUGCUCACGGGGCGUCUGGCAGUCAUGCCAGACCCAGACGACCCAGAGGAGCGCCUUGUCAUCACAGACUGGGCCGUGCAUUUCAUAAACGAGAACGAGAUCGAGCUCAUAAAGGAUCCCCGGGUGUACACACCAGCAACAGCCGCCGGUUUCACCGCUCUCGCGGCCCUAGCAGUGGACUGUAUCCGAGUGCCGGCAGUUAGGCGCCCUCCCAUGCCCUCUGUGCUGCUGAGGUUGAUGGAGAUCAGGAGGAACGUGUUUGGGUUCCCGGCUAGAGCGCCGCCUGAUCCUGGGUCUCGGGAAGAGCAUAUGGUUGGGGAGGGUGCGGAGAAGGAGGGAGAAGGGUACAGCGACAGAGACGAUGUGGAAGAGGAAGAGGAAGAGGGCGAGGGAGAUGAGGGAGCAGACACGAUGCAACAAGGAUAUGCGUUCGAGCCAGCAGCAGCAACAGCAGCAGCAGCAGCAGCAGCAGCAGCAGCAGCAGCAGCACCACCACCACCACCACUGCCACUGAUAGCAGAAGAGCACUCAGAAGAAAUGAGAAUGGAGGAGGAAGAGGAAGAGACAAGCAGUGGCAGGGACGCUGCAUAUUACACACCUUCAGAGGACCAGCUCUCUGCUAUAGACGACCGCUUCACAAGAGACGACCGCUUCACAAGAGACGACCGCUUCACAAGAGACGACCGCUCUGCAAGAGACGAGCAGCUCUCUUCUAUGGAAGACAUGUCUGCUCUGGGCGAGCUUUCAGCCAUGCCCAGUGCUGGUCUCGAUGCUUCCUCUAUUGCAGCAGACAGCAGCGUGCCCAGUGACAUGAGCGUGAGCCGCUUUAGCGAGGAUGCAUAUAGCGAGGAUCAGCUGUACGGGAGUGAAAUCAGUGGGGGUGAAAUCAGUGGGAGUGAGGUUAGUGGGAGGGAAGAGGUGAGGGGGGGAGGGUAUAUAGGCGAGCAGAUGAGUUCUAAGUACUACAGUUUGGAGCAUGCAUACUCAGUGGGUGAUGCCCAGGCUUUCGAGUCGACUCGAGGGGCUAUAGGCGAGCAGAUGAGCUCCAAGUAUUACAGUUUGGAGCAUGUAUACUCAGUGGGUGAUUCUCAGUCUUUCUCUUCUCCUGCUGCUGCUCCUGCUCCGGCCUACCCACCUGCGUCUGCAUCUGCUGCUGCUGCCACUGCUGCUGCCGGUGCUGCUGCUGUUGCUGCUGUUGCUGGUGCUCCCGGUGCUGCUGCCAGUUCCCCCCUUGCUACCCCUCACGGGUCAGACUCAGCUGCUCUAUCCGAGCCGUUAGUUCCGUUCUCCCUCUCUCCUGAUCUACAAGCUGCCUCGCCUGCUCAUUCCGACCUUGGUGUAGGCCUCGGGCUAGGGUUUGCAGCAGGGGGAAUGUAUUUCUCCAACCUCAGUGUUAUCGAGAGUGGCGACGAAGCAAGUGAGUCGGAUUAUAGCGAGGACGGACGGGGCCGCUUCACUGCUACCCCGCCCCUUCCUCCUGCUGCUGCUGCUGCUGCUGCUACUACUCCUCCUGACAUCUCCCCUGCUUUCCCUCCUGCUGAAGCAUCCUCUGGCAUAUCAACAUAUGCACCUCCACCCUUCAACCUCGCGUCAUCUCAGGACAUAGCAGCAGCAGGUGCAGCAGCAGACGCAGCAACAGCCGCACCAAUAGGUGCAGCAACAAUAGGUGCAGCAACAGGCACACUUGCAGGCGCAGCAGCAGCAGUAGACGCACCUCCUUCCUUGGACAUCCCUCCUCGUGGUGUGGGAUUUUCCUCCCCGUCCGCUACUGCGUUCCCAUCUCCCUCCGCUACCAAAGCAGCAGCCGGAUCCGCGUGCUACUACACAGACUCUGAAGGCAGUGAGAGUGUUCAGAGCGAGAGCUUUGAUGUGAGGCCUCAACCUCAACGGUACUAA